UCCCGGCCGCACCGAGGACAAGGCGGCCGCCACGCACCGCACGCUGCUGCUGGGCUCGGGCCACGUGGGCCUCAGGAAUUUGGGCAACACGUGCUUCAUGAACGCGGUGCUGCAGUGCCUGAGCAGCACCAAGCCGCUGCGGGACUACUGCCUGCGCCGGGACUUCCAGCAGGAGCAGCCCCCCGGCCCCCGCGCCCCCCAGGAGCUCACCGAAGCCUUCGCCGAUGUCAUCGCCGCCCUCUGGCACCCCGACUCCUCAGAGGCCGUCAACCCCGGGCGCUUCAAGGCCGUGUUCCAAAAAUACGUCCCCUCCUUCACGGGCUACAGCCAGCAGGACGCGCAGGAAUUCCUCAAGUUCUUCAUGGACCGGCUGCACACGGAGAUCAACAGGAAGGGCCGGCGCACCCCCAGCAUCCUGUCGGACACGCGGAGACCCCCGGCCCUGGAGGACCCCGAAACGCUCAGCGACGACGAACGCGCCAACCAGAUGUGGAAGCGCUACCUGGAGAGGGAGGACAGCAAGAUCGUGGAUCUCUUUGUGGGGCAGCUGAAGAGCUGCCUCAAGUGCCAGGCCUGCGGCUACCGCUCCACCACCUUCGAGGUGUUCUGCGACCUCUCGCUGCCCAUCCCAAAGAAAAGCUUUGCCGGGGGCAAGGUCUCGCUCCACGACUGCUUCAGCCUCUUCACCAAGGAGGAGGAGCUGGACUCGGAGAACGCCCCGGUGUGUGACAAGUGCCGGCAGCGGACGCGGAGCACCAAGAAGUUGACGAUCCAGCGCUUCCCACGCAUCCUGGUGCUCCACCUGAACCGGUUCUCCACCACGCGCUACUCCAUCAAGAAGUGCUCCGUCUUCGUGGACUUCCCGCUGCAGCAGCUCAACCUGCGGGAAUUCGCCAGCGAGAAGGCGGGCAGCCCCGUCUACAGCCUGUACGCGCUGUGCAACCACUCGGGCAGCGUGCACUACGGGCACUACACGGCCUUCUGCCGCGACCCGGCCGGCUGGCGCGUCUACAACGACUCCCGGGGUCUCGCCAUCAGCGAGAACCAGGUGCCGUCCAGCGAGGGCUACGUGCUGUUCUACGAGCUGGAGGAGCCCCCCGGCCGCAGACCCUGA